UCUGUAAAAACUUUCUGUAAUAUCUAUUUAAAAUAGAACAUCUACCAAGCGGCUACCGGUAAUACGGACCAUCUACAAUACCGGCUAGUGGCUAUGAUCUUCAGGCAAACCCUCCAUAAACCCUUCCGUUAGAUUCCACCACCAGAGCACCGCCAAUGGAUACGGCUCUGAUAAUCAGGUAGAUGGACAUUUCACACACACUGUGGCUGCCAUGGAUUUGCUUCCCAGAAAUCCCCUUGUAAUCUUUAAACCCUGACAGAUAUUCUGAGAAAAAUGAUAAUUAAUCUUAAUAUUAUGCAGAAACUCCUUCAAAUCCCAAUAUUCGGUUCGAUUAGAGCCCGAUUCAUUACUCCAUUUUCUACUUUGGCCUCGCUUUCCAACUAUGAACUUGAUAAUCAUAACACAGCCAACGAGGUCCUCAAUCUCAUCAACGAAGUCCGUCCAAUGGAACCGGCUCUCGAGAAGGUAAGCCCUUUUCUCAACAAGCAAAUCGUGGUUUCCAUUUUACAGGCCCAGCUGAAGCAACACCCGCAAAUUUGCUUUCGCUUCUUCAUCUGGGCUGCCAGGAGCCCGCUUCUCUGGACCGUCGUCGCCCGUAAUUUAAUUGUUGAGAUGCUUUCGAAUAUUCAGAAUGGUAACAAUAAUGAAUUUGAUCUAUGCUGGAGUGUUCUUGAUGCUAUGAGGAAUGAGAAGGUACCCAUUUUAGCAGACGCUUUUGUGGUGUUGAUUUCAGGGUAUUGGAGGUUGCAAAGGGUGGAAAAGGCAGUGGAGACUUUUGGUAGGAUGAAAGAAUAUGAGUGCAUGCCAAAUGUAGAUGCAUAUAAUGUUAUAUUGCAUGUUAUGGUUAAGAAAGACAUGAUUUUGUUGGCACUGGCAAUUUAUAACAUGAUGUUGAAGUCGAAUUGUAGGCCAAGUUGUUCCACAUUUACCAUUUUGAUUGAUGGUUUGUGCAAGAGUGGAAAAACUCAGGAUGCACUAAAGCUAUUCGAUGAGAUGAGUGAGAGGGAAAUCUUGCCUAGCAACGUUACAUACACGGUUAUCAUGUCGGGGCUGUGCCAGGCGAGGAGGACAGAUGAUGCAUAUAGGUUGUUUUAUUUGAUGAAGAGUAGGGGAUAUAGUCCAGAUAUUAUAACGUACAAUGCUUUGCUCCAUGGGUUCUGUAAGUUGGGUCGGAUUGAUGAGUCAUUUGCUCUUUUGGAGUCAUUUAGGAAUGAUGGUUACGUGAUUGGGAUACAGGUGUACAGUAAUGUGAUCAAUGGUUUGAUUCGAGCCAAAAGGAUUAGUGAAGCAGAGCAAUUGUUUUGGAAGGUUUUCAAGGUGGGGUUAACACCGGAUCUUGUGUUAUAUACUAUUAUGAUACGCGGGCUAAGUGAUGCGAGAAGGGUGAAGAGUGCAUUGAAUUUGUUGAGAGAUAUGAUGGGAAGAGGUAUCAUUCCAGACACACAGUGUUAUAAUGCAUUGAUCAAAGGGUUUUGCAAUGUGGGUUUAUUAGACCAGGCUCGGUCACUUCAGCUAGAGAUUUCUCAGCACGAUCAGUUUGCCGACACUUGUACCUACACUAUCCUCGUAUGUGGUUUGUGUAGGAAUGGUCUGCUGGGGGAGGCUCAGCAGAUAUUCAAUAACAUGGAGAAACUUGGGUGCUUUCCUUCUAUUGUAACUUUUAAUGCUCUUAUUGAUGGGCUGUGCAAGGCUGGUAAGCUUGAGGAAGCUCACCUCGUGUUUUACAAAAUGGAAAUUGGGAAGAACCCAUCACUGUUUCUUCGGCUUUCUCAAGGUUCUGAUCGUGUUCUUGAUAGUGCAAGCCUGCAGAAAAUGGUGGAGAAGUUGUGUGAAUCUGGAUUGGUUCUUAAAGCUUACAAGCUACUCAUGCAACUCAGUGAUAGUGGGGUUCUACCAGACAUCAGGACGUACAACACCCUGAUCAAUGGCUUGUGCAAAGCUGGACAACUUAAUGGUGCUCUUAAGCUCUUUGAGGAGCUCCAGCUCAAGGGCCUUCUUCCUGAUUCAGUGACAUAUGGUACGCUCAUUGAUGGUCUUCAAAGAGUGGAUCAAGAACAGGAGGCAUUUAAGCUCUUUGAACAAAUGAAUACGAAGGGGUGUAAGCCUACAUCAUCUGUGUACAAAUCAUUAAUGACUUGGUCUUGCAGAAGGAGGAAGAUUUCUGUAGCUUUUAGUCUUUGGUUGAAGUACUUGAGGAGCUUACAUAGCCAGGAAAAUGAAGUAAUCAAUAUAGUUGAGAAAUGUUUGGAGAAAGGGGACUUGGAAAUUGCUGUUAGAGGGUUGCUUGAAAUGGACAUCAAGUUGAGAGAUUUUGAUUCAGCACCUUAUAACAUCUGGCUGAUUGGAUUAUGUCAAGUAUCUAGAGUAGAGGAGGCUCAUAAGAUAUUUUCUCUUCUUCAGGAGUUUCGUGUUGAUGUAUCUGCCCCGAGUUGUGUGAUGUUGAUUCAUGGCCUAUGCCAUGAAGGGAAACUCGAUGAAGCAUUUGAAGUUUUCCUCUAUACCAAGGAGAAAGGUUACCGGUUGUUGCCACGAAUAUGCAACAAUAUGCUUCAAGCUCUUCUUUGCUCCAAAGAGAAAUCAGCUCUUGCUUUUGAACUUUUAAGCAGAAUGAAAUCCAUGGGGUACAACUUAAACACUUAUCUACAACGACAUACAAAGUCUCUUUUACAUCGUCAUUGGAACUUUGGGGAAACAGAGAAUAUGUCAACUGGAUGACAGUGCACACAAGAUGUUUCUAAAAUCAGACACCUUUCUGGUUUCCGGGUGACACUUUUCGUUGCCUUCAUGUUCUCGUCGGGAAAAUUGUUGUACAACUUGCUAGAUUCUUUGCUUCAUUUGUUGGAUAUAGUGCAGAAACUCUAUAAUUGUUCUGAUGUUCUCUAAGGAAGCUUCAAGAUUACAUUGGAUCUGCCAUUAUUGCUAUGGGGCCAGAGAAAUUACUUGGAUUGCUUCCUAUCUCCCUCGUUGCAAAGGAUCGUUCUUGUUCAAAUACUUGGUUGAUACCUAUUUUGAAGAAAAAUAUUGUUGGGUUGUCCCCAGGGUUCUUCAUGGCCGAUGUUAUACCUCUUGCUCAAUCCUUCCAAAAGACAUCAUGUAAAGGUCCUCUAUCUGUUGCGGGUCAAGGGCCGCAAGCAGUUCACCCAUUAGUUCAUUUGCUCCCAGGCAGUUUUUUUUGGUGGAGAACUUUCCACAAGAGGUGGCAGCUUCAGUUCAUUCAUCAGUAACUUGGAUUUUGGAUAGGGGUGCCACCGAUCACAUGCUUUGCUCACCUUACGAGGGCAUCCUAGCCAGAUUCAAUCCUAAGCCCAAGGGUCAAUCAAGCCUUUGAACUACCAAUGCUGGUUGAGGCAAACCCCACUUAGGAGCAUCACCAGGACGUCUAUGAAAAUUCUAAACAAAACUCCUAAUUGAAAGAAAGGAAGAUUGCAACUUCAGCCCAACCUCCAUCGGAGUAUGCCUCUCAACACCUCGUUUCACUCUUUCCAAAAAAUAGUCCCUUCCCCGGAGCCUUCAAGUACCGGAAUAUUAUAUACACUGCAUCAAGAUGUUUUUGGAAGGGGCAAUGCAUGUAUUGACUCACCAUGCUAACCGCAAAUGCUAUGUCCUGUCAAGUGUGUGACAAAUAAAUCAACUUACCAACCAAGCUUUGAUAUCUCCCCCUGUCUGCAUGAUCGAGUACCCUUCCUAAUAUCAAUAGGUAGAUCUGUCUCAUCUUGCAAUUGAGUCGCUGCUAUCCCCUUGAUAUUUUCAGAUUGAUCAGAAUUCAUUUUCUGGUUAGAGUUCUGACUGUGGUGGGGAGUUAUAAUUGGUUGUACUAUCUUUCCUUUCUUUAAUCGCCUUGAAUAAGUCAGCAAGUCAUUUGGUUCUUCAUUUUCUGCAUAAUUCUAUGGCUGGUCAUUCUUUUUGUUCAGAUUUUCAUCAAUUUUUCCAUUAAGGUGGUCCUGAGUGGUAUUGCCAAUAGGGAAAUCAAGUAGGCUAGGUCCAGUCGGAAGAACAUGAGGGUUUUUGGAGGAAGAACAAGUUCAACAGGAAGCAUCAGUUCAACAGGUUCAGUUGUAGGAGUGGGAGCACCUUCAAUAUGAGUAGAAAAAUCCCACAGUUCAAUUUCACUAGAUUUCUCCCCCUGAAUUGAACUUGGGUAGAAGGGAGUAUUUUCGAAAAAAGUGACAUCCUUAGUGACAAAAAAAUCUUCUAGUCUUAGGACAAAAGCACUUAAAUCCCUUUUGACAAGGUGAAUAUCCCAGAAAAAUACACUUUAUGGCUCUAGGAUCCAACUUAGUUUCGGGUAAAGAAUGGACAAAUACUAUACAAUCAAAAACCUUAAUAGGAAGAGUUUCAAAUAAUCUAUUUUGUGGGUAGUAUUGAAGAAGUGUUUGGAGUGGUGUUUUAAAUUGGAGGACACUUGAAGGAAGUCAGUUUAUGAUAUAAGAUAAGGACAGCUUCCCACAAAAAAUUUUUGGCACAUUGUUUGUAAACAUUAGGGCUCUAGCAACCUCUAGGAGAUGUCUAUUUUUUCGUACGGCUAUUUCAUUUUGUUGAGAUGGUCCUACACAUGUACUUUGAUGAACUAUCCCUUGAUUACUAAGAUGCUCUCCCAGAACCUGAUUGAAAUACUCACGACCAUUACAAGGAUUUGGAUUUGAGUUUGGAAUAGUGUUUUUAUCAUUUGAUGGAAUUUCUGAAAAAUGUGUGCAGUUUCAAAUUUAUCUUUCAACAAGAAUACUCAGCAAACUCUAGUAUGAUCAUCAAUGAAUGUAACGAACCAUUUAGCACCAGAAAUGUUGUUAACCUUAGUUGGUCCCCAGAUGUCACUAUGAAAUAUAGAAAAACGUUUAGAGUUUCUAUAUGAACGAGAAAGAUAGGGGCUUCUAGUAUGUUUUGCUAAUUGACACACAUCACAAUGAAAUGAACUUUUUUCAAAUAAGGAAAACUAGGAUGCCCUAAUUUUUUUUUUUUGCCAAAGCAUUAUUCUACUAACAACUGAACUUUAAACUAAAUUGGAAAUAGGAUCUGUGAUCUUGAAGGACUCUACGGAACUCUUAUUGACUUGCCCUUCAUCUAUUUGGUUCUGCUGAUGAUUAGAGAGAUCAUACAGUCCAUUAUUCUUCUUAGCACUGCCAAUCAUCUUCCCCGAAAAUGAAUCCUGAAAUUGACAAAGACCUGAGGAGAAAUUAGCCUUGCAAUUCAGAUCAAUGGUUAUAUUACUAAUUGAUAUUAGAUUAUAUGAAAGAUUAGGAACAUGUAAAACUGAGAAUAGUGUAAUAUCUGGGGAAAUUUUAAUAUUUCCUUUUCCUGCUAUUGAAGAACGAGAUCCAUCGACAAUUCUAAUCUUAAGUGUUCCGGGGCAUGGUACAUAUGUAGAAAACAAUUUAGAGUUUCCAGUCAUAUGAUCUGAUGCUCCAGAGUCCACUAUACAUUCAUCUGCAACUCGUGUGUUAAGUGCCAGAGAAACACUAGCUUUUUGUGCAAUAUUGCAAGAUGGAUUCAUGAAGAAUCGAGAGUUACUCUGGUUCGGCUGAAAUUGAUUUUGCUGAAGCAGUUUCUGAAUUUCAGCAAUCUGUUCCUGGCUAAAUAUUGGCUGCUGUUGGCUUGUUCCCUCCAAGACUGCUUGGUAUCCCUUAUUUGCAAACUGGUUGCGUGGCUUCCAGUUAGCUGGUUUCCCAUGAAGUUUCCAACAUGUUUCCCUGCUGUGAUUGGACCUGUGACAAUGAUCGAACCACUGAUUCCUUUUCUGGCCUCAGUGUUCUCCAGAAUUACCCUUUGAAGCUCCAGAAUUCUGCUUAUUCCAGCUUGUUACCAAUGCUGAGGCUGAGCUAUUUCAAAAAUCAGUCUGAUUUCAAGAUCAGUCUGAUUUUUUAAUUUUAUUUUUGCUACGUGCAGGGCAGUAAUCUAUGAAAUCUUUGAACAAGUCCAGCUCUUGCCAUAACCCAGUCAGGUUGUUGUAGUAGUCCGUGACUGAAGAUUCGCCUUGGUUGCAGUCUCUCAAAACAGAUUUAAGUUCAAAUUGCUGAGUUGAGUUGCCCAGAUCUGAGUACAUAUCCGGACUAUCUCCCAAAUAUCCUUGGCUGACUUGUAUGACAAAUAGUUCCUUCCAAUCUUUUUUUUCCAUUGAAUUCACGAGCCGUGCCAUCACCAUUGAGUUGUCUGCCUCCCAGGUUGCAUACGUUCUGUCAUUCUCCGAUUGCAUUGGUGUAGAGCCGGUUAGAUACCCAAGCUUCCCUUUGCCUCGUAUGACCAUAAUAACCGAUUGAGACAAAUCUAGGUAAUUGGUUCCAUCAAGCUUAUGCUGGGUUAUUUGCAUGGAGUGACUUUCUCAGGUCUAGGCAUGAGGAGGAUUUGGUUGGUUAACCUUUGGCUGAAGAGGAGGACCAGAAUCUGUACUGACAGAGUCGGAUGACCCAAUUCAGCCAUAGCAGAAAAAAAAAAAAAAUCCUAGUGCUCUCAUACCAUGUUGGAAUUUAGAAAAGAGUAGUAAAAUUAAUAAGAGUCCAACAAGCUCUGAUACUCCUUUCCAGUUAAGAAAACAGUAUUUGGCCAAGAUCUGCAGGUUUACGUCCGUGGAUAUUCCGAAUUGUUGCCUGCCUGCUAUUGCAAACCAAGUGAUACUAGUCAGAAAUUUAGAGCUUUGGCUAAAGUUCUGAUUCCUUUUCUCAAGGGCUCCUCCAUGCUUGAAGAUAUUGCCAUUAGUUUGCAGGAACUAGUCAACGAAAAUAUAAGUGCACUGAUGGCUGAUCACGGUUCUGAAUGGCUGACAAAGGUUCAAAACACAGGACUCGCAGAAAAUAUUGCAGUGGAUCUUGAAAGUAGACAUUUUUAUUCGAAAAAGACAGCAAGUAGAAAUAUGAAGGCUUUGGCUUCGGGCUCCAAAGAGAUGCUUUAGGCUGUAACUAAUGUCUUGUUCAAGACACCUGCAGACAAGCACAGACAUCUAAAGGUCUUUCAUGAUUUGUUUAUUUGUCUUAAGGUGAAAGUUGCUGCGGUCCAUUUCUGUAAUCGUUCAUUUCAUACUUUUACUCAUUUAAUCAUCCAGAAUCCCAGUAGUAGCUGCAAUUUUGCAUUAUCUGAACACAGUGAUCCUUGGACAGUUUUUGAUAGGUUUUCUUUCUUUACAGUACAGUCUACUGCACAGUUUCCCUGUUGCCUCCUUUAUACAGCAACAUUAGUUGAUCUCUUUAUCCUUCAUUUUUACAUGUAUUUUGUCACCUCUUUCAUCCUUGCUUCUUUGACAUAAUUCCAACACUUGAUUUAGGUUUAUAUUUUGAGAACCUUCUGUUUGAUGUCAGUUUCAAGAAAGUAGAUGUGAAGUUUUCCACGAUAGAACCUUAAUUGUAUGCCCA